AGCCAGUCUAGCACCAUGUUCUAAUGUGUACAAAUUGUAAAAUAAUUAUUGUACUCACUGCAAAGGUGGAAUGUACAGGGCCUUGUUUUCAUCAUAGUAAAUGUAGAAUAAAAAAAAAUGAAGGGGUGGGUUUUUCUUUUCCUUCUUUUCUUUUUACAUCUUUCAUGUGAAGGCCUUGGCAAAAGUCAGAGUACUUGCCUCUCUAACCAUAAUUAAAGCUAAGUUUAGGGUUCAAAAGGAACUUUCUAGAUCUCUGAAGUACAUUGUUUACUACAGUAGUUUGAGAUGGAAGUGCAACUUUUUCUUUUUCUUUCUUCUUUUAUUUAUUGGUUUAUUUGAUAAGGGACAGUGCACAUUAAUAAAAACAUUUCUGUAACUGCGCCAGAGUUAGCAAACGGCUAUUUUUCAUCUGUAGUCCCUUUCAAGAGCAUCAAACCCAGUUAAAAUGUGUAGUUUUAUUUAAACUGUUAAGAGAGGUGUGGAUUCAACUGUAUGUCCUGUUUGGAGGCUGUAGUCUGUGUUGUUGAAUUAUAUUAUGAGGUGUUUCUAAUAUCUAUCCUCUGAUAUAAAAUGUGUUUUAGAAACGACAAAAGCGCCACAAACUGCAGCCUUUAAAAUGACCAUGAAGUUUAAUCAACACUGUUCUAAAACAGAGAGAUACAUAAUCAAUAUAAAUAGAUUGACAAAAUGUGUAAUAUACCCAUAAGCUUAAAAUAAUGUUCUUCUUUUUCAGUUUAUUUUAGGUCAUUUUUUAUUUCAUAAUGUUCUGUCGGCUCAAUUGAACAAAAGUCUGAGUAGCUGGUCUGAAUCGACAGGCAAAGACUGAAAUUAUGAAAUAAAAAAACUGCUGAAAUUAAACAGAAAUGACCUGCAACACGCAAUUUUGAGAAGAUGCAUGAUGAAAUAACACAAUGAGUUAGGAUUUAAACAUGUAUAGAGUUAGUUCACAGUGUCAUCGUUAGACACACAUCUGUAUUUAUUUCAUGUGUUGGUGAUUUGUUAAACAUUGAACACAUUUUAGAGUCUCCAUGCAUUAAGGUAAGAUGUAUGUCAUUGGGACUGCAUUAGGUUUUGAUGGACUGUGUUUGCAGUGGGUGUCUUUCACAGGACUUGUCAAAACGCGGUGUGCGCCAAAAGCGAGUUUAAUGGUAUUAACGAAACAAUGUCUUUCAUUUUUUAGGGUUUAGAGAGCCUGCCCUGCACGUUUAAAUCUGCCCGGCCCUUCUGGACUGCCUCCUUUGUCUUCCUAUGUUGUUAGACGCAUGCCAUCUGCUCCAUGUUAUUAUAUAUAUGCGGCUUUAGACCGACAGCAGCACACACCUCCUGGGUCCCUUUCGCCCAGACUUCAGCCUCCUGGAUGUAGUCCAGCAUGCAUCUCCACUUUUUGUUUUCUCCUACUAAAUAUCCAGUGCUUUUAUUUUAACAUAACGGUGCAUGGUUAUAUUGCCUCCUGACGUCAGCGUCCCAGCAAAAGAGUCCCCCCUUCUUCUUCUUCUUCUUCUUCUUCUUUUACUGGAGCAGACUGUGGAAAGAAAUCAAACGCGAUGCUUCUCUUCACCCUCAGUCCUCCGCACUGCCGCAAGCAACACCGCGCAAACUUUCUGUGCAGAUGGCUCGACCAAAUGUGAAAGAAGAAGGCCCCGCAGCUUCUUCCGGACCAUGUUUCGAGGAGUGUCGCUAUUAAAGAGGUCCGACCAUCAGAACGUGGACUCCGGAGAUGAAACCGAAUCUGACUGCAGCAGGAUGUCCUCAUCUGGCGUUCAGGACAUGACCAGUCGGGUCAGGCAGCAGCAGCUCCUGCUGAUGAACCUACAUCUGCUGGCCAACCCUGGAGACUCACUGCUGCUGCAGCACACCCUGGAUCGCCUCCUACGCUGGCUCUGCCCAAGUCUCCGUAUCUUCCAUGUGUCAGAGAGGGCCUCCCCAUUCAGAAGUUACACCCGCCUCUGUUCUGUGUCAGGCUUCCCUUCUCUGGCCAUCACCUUCUUCCUCCACGAGGCCUAUGGAGAGGAGCGAAUCCUCAAAGUGCUGGACUUCUUUCAGCGUCCGCCCUGGCAGUACCACCACACCGAGACCUGCGGCAGUCGACCUGGAGGGAUCUACAUCACCUCCAGCAGCUCCCCCGCCAAUGCCAUGUUGCGGCCCUACCUCCUGCCCAGCAGAGACUUCUAUAGUUUGGGUGCAGGCAUGCCCGUGUGGGGGGUUCGACCGGUCCACUGUGGGGGAGAAAUACUCCGCGUGACACUGUACAGCGGAUACGACAACUACGAGGAUGCCGUGCGGCUCUAUGAGACAGUGCUGCAGCGACAGGCAGAGGAGCAGAAGACGGGCUUCUGCUGGUUCACUCUCCACACAGAGCCCGGGCUGUGCCUGCAGCUGGCUUUGAAGCAGUUGUCACCAGGGUCUCGGGUGGAGCCGUGCAGCUCCGCUGUGCUGCAGUUUAGUGUGGAAGAAAUUGGCCAACUCGUCCCUCUGUUGCCCAACCCCUGUACCCCCAUAAGCACCACGCGCUGGCAGACAGAAGAUCUGGAUGGCAACAAGAUUCUCUUCCAGGUGAAAACCCCGGCUCAACCCCAACGACCUCUGACCUGCGCUUUCCCCCUGACCUGCCCCAGCGUUUCCCCUCUAGGAAUGCAGCUCAGGAGCUCGGGACAGGCCCACAGCCUGUCGCCCUGCAGCCUCACCGCUCCCCUGCCCUGGCAAACACACCGGCAAGGCCACAGGCCGCGCAGCGACUCUCUCCUUGAGAAGCGUCAUGGAGGAGGUGGUGGAGCAGAGAGCCAGGGAUCAGGAAGCUGCUGUAGCACCCCUCCAGGUAGCUCCUGUUACUCAUCACAGCGCAGCAGCCCUGCACCGCCCUCAAGUACCAACCACCUGGACUCUCCUCUGCGCCCCUCCAUCACCUGUUCUCUCUCCCACCUCCUUCUGGAAGAGGAGGAGGAGCCAGAAACCAACGUAGACACAGGAGUCCCCGUCUCGCUGAAGUCUGACACGGCAGUCAAAGCAAUUGCUCGCUCUUCCUCCACGGACCUUUCGAUGUAUCUCCACUCUGAGAGGCUUCCAGCUGUUGGGGCUUCAGCUGUUGAGGGUCUGGCCAAGGAGCUGAUUCAAUGUCUGCCACGGACACACAUGCACCCUCAGGUCGCCUCCAGGACAUGGGGCUCCGCUGGAUGUACAGAUGCAGCCAGGAAGGGCUGUGGCAGCAGGACUGUGGCAGCAGGACAAAGUGCCUCCAAAGGGCCUUUUGUGGAGAACAGGACUACUGCUGAGCUGCUGUCAGCACGCGCAAACAACAAGGAGCCAGUCGAUGAGUUCUUCAUCUAAAUGCCUGCUACUACGUCACAUGCUGGGGUAAUAAUAUAAAAUAUCACACGGAGGACAGAGGUUGGACAAGAUGAUGCACCUGUUAUAGUGGAUCUGACGCUAUGCAGGAGGACACAGCUGUGUAGUCUGGAUAAAUAGAAGUCCUCUGGAGUAAAGAAAUCUGAUUUAGUCUGAUUGCGCUCCACAGUGCAGCUCUGUCAGUCUGUCACAGGCACAGUGAAAGAAUAGCCGAGUAGCUUUUGAUUUAAUUUGUUUAAAUGCACUUCAAAGUAUCUUUAUUCGUGUGUUAACAUGUACUAGACUUAGGCCCAGUUACUGUAUUGAAGAGGACAUUCAUCCUCACAUAGUUAACAGCAUUUUCUAAAUAACUACUUAAAGAGAACAUUUAGACGUUUACAAAAAGAUCUUGUAAUAUAAUGUUUUUGUAAUAAUAAUUUAACCAUUAGUAUGCAAGGUGUCCUGUGACCUAAGACAUGUUAAUUACUGUACGGCUAUAAGCUGAGGGAUCAGCAGACGGAUACAUUUAAGUUCAAACUUAACCGUGUAUUGAACUGAACUGGUUACAGCAGACGGUCGUCAAACACACAACAUUUUUGCACAGUGCACAUGAUCAUUGUUGUGAUCAUAGCUGUUUAGAGACCGGUCUGAGAAAAGAUGUGUUAUUGUGAGGAGAGGAAUGUUUCAGGAAACAUUUAAUGACCUUGUGAGUCUCUUCUUCUACACACAUUACUUGACAUCUUCUAUAAAACUUUUAAUUGUGGCCAUGGACCUUCUAAAUUGAACCCACUCACAGAUAAACCUGAAUCUGGCAUUCACUGAUGUAUUAUAGCCAAAUCAAAUGCAUAAGAUUUAAGGUUAUGAGCUGCUCCUGUUGAGCCGUUCAUUGGUCAACAGGACGCUGCAGGUGUGCAGGGCAGCUAGCCGUUGUUCAUGUUUUUAAGUAAAUGAGAGUAACUGGCAAAAAGAAAGGCACGCAUGCUCAGUCAGGAAGCAUCAACUGUGAGCGUCCUCAGUGUGUAAAAUGUUGAAGGCUUAGUAUUAAAAGAUAAAUGAAUAAACCCUCUUUUUGUUGCGGUCAGAUUGUGACGGCUUUACUUUGUGUUCUGACAUGUUUCAAUACCAAUGCUGAGUAAUCAAUGAUCUGCAUUAGUCUGACAGACGGCUGCUCCGCCUGCAGUCAUGGAAGAAUCCAAUGCAAAGUGAAUACAAUGAUCGGAUGAAAAGGUCAGAAGUGAAUGAUGAUGUCACCAAUUUAUAACCACAAUUGACCUUCAGUCACAAACUAGAUAGAAUUUGAUAUUUGUUUGAAUUUCAGUGACAAAGAUUUAGGCCACAGAACCGCUGGCUUAAGUAAGUAACACGUCAUUUCUACAAUGUGUUACAUAGUUAGUGAUACUGCAGAGGAGAUGACACGUAUCUUUUGAUUUCACUGCCGGUGUGCAAAAACAGAGGCUUUUAAAAGCAUUGUUCCAACAAAGAAGAGAGCGUGGUCUGCACAGUCCUUUGAUCAUUGUACCUGUAUUAAUACGGCUGUAACUUUACAUCCAUGUACAGUAAUAUUCAUUGCUCUGAAGUAUACAUACAUGUGCGUUAGGGUGAAAAAGUUAUAGCACCAUCAGCACGUCAACACAUUACACAUGAUCUAAAGCUUACAGCGCCCUCUGCUGGUCAAAGAACGUUGUUGCUCAAGUUUUUAUGAGUUUUAUAAACCGACUGUUUAUCACAUACACAGCUCCUGUUACUCAUCACAGUGCAGCAGUUCAAAUAAUUGCUCGCUCUUCCUCCAUGUAUAAUAAUCACUGUGCAAUUAAAAACAUAUCAAAUGACUGCAACAGAGGUUGGACAAGAUGAUGCACCUGUUAAAGUGGAUCUGAAGCUAUGCAGGAGGACACAGCUGUGUAGUCUGGAUAAAGAGAAGUCCUCUGGAGUAAAGAAACCGAAGUUCAGCUGCAGGCGACACUUUCCACUCAGAAAUGACUUCAAAUGUUUUAACUUGUCACAUAAGCUUCUACAAUAUACAGUAGGGUACAAUUGUUGAAACAGAGCUGCCAAGAGAGUGGUACAAAGUGAGUAAUAUUUUAAAACGGUGCAGGUAAUAAUAUUCUUGAAUGUUUAAAUUACUACAUUUAGAUCCAGCGACUUAUUAGUGCAGCUAUUGUGCUAAAAAAUGUAGCCAUGUGAAAAGCACAACAUGAAGGAAAAGUGUCACUGUCAGCGUACUUAAUGCCAGUUUAGGUUUCUGUCACAACCACAUGUCGAAGUAAUCAACCGUUAUGUCUAUAAUA